GGAUGGAAAAGCGCAUGAGCGGGGCGUCCUGCCCGUGGUGCACGGCGUCCUUCUAGUGGUGUGCGGCGCCCUCCUCACGCCGUACCUGUUUCUCGGUAGCUGUCGGGCUCUGACGAGAAUGAUGGAUUUUGAGAAUCUUUUCUCCAAACCCCCCAACCCGGCUCUCGGCAAGAAGCCCGCCACGGACUCUGACCAAAGAAUCGAUGGUGGAAUAGAUGAUACAGAAGUUGAAGAAACACAAGAAGAGAAAAUAAAAUGGAAAGUAAAACUGAAGUGUGAGCAAAUUUCCAAAAAAUUUAGGCACUUUGGAAACUCUACAUCACGGAAGAAUUUGCAACGUAGAAAAUCAAGAAGUAAGGACUAUGAUGUAUAUAGUGAUAAUGAUAUCUGCAGUCAGGAAUCAGAAGAUAAUUUUGCUAAAGAGCUUCAACAAUAUAUACAAGCUAAAGAGAUGGCAAAUGCUGCUCAAUCCUUAUCGCUUCCUGAAGAAUCUGUGAAGAAAGAGGGAGCAAAGGAUAUCCAGAAAGGUAAAGCUGUUAAACAAAAGAAUAAAAAUAAAAACCUUAAAGCUGUUCGCAAGAAUGGUAAACAGAAGAAAAUGAAGCGAAAAUGGCCUGGCACUGGAGACAAAGGAUCAAACGCUUCCCUGAGGAAGAGUGGCUCACAGGAACAGGAUGGUAAACCUAAAGAGAAGCAGCAGCCUGUGAGAAUGAGUCAGGGAUUCAUCAACCAACAUACGGUGCAACGCCAGGGAAAACAAAUUUGUAAAUAUUUUCUUGAAAGGAAAUGUAUUAAGGGAGACCAGUGUAAAUUUGAUCAUGCUGCAGAGAUAGAGAAGAAAAAGGAAAUGUGUAAGUUUUAUGUACAAGGAUAUUGUACCAGAGGUGAAAACUGCCUGUAUUUGCAUAAUGAAUAUCCUUGCAAGUUUUACCAUACAGGAGCAAAAUGUUAUCAGGGAGAACAUUGCAAGUUUUCACAUGCUCCCCUGACUGCUGAAACACAAGAACUGUUGGCUAAAGCUUUGGAUCCUGAAAAGAAGUCGUCAUGAAAGUAAAAUACAUAAAAAAGGAGCCUGUGAUCCAGUUGGCUUGUCCCUCUUGUCUUCCUAGUGAAUGCUGAUUGCUACUCAGAAGUCCAGGACCGGUGGGUGGGCUAGCUGUGGAACAGCCCUCCAUUCAGGCUUCUCCGUGCUUCCAAAGCAGAGUCGGGUGGAUGCACAGAUGUGAGAACUGGGGACACCACUGGGGCCUUCUUUGGUUUUAGGGACACAAACUUUCAUACACUGUUCGUGGGGAUAGAAAGUAGUAUAAUCCUUAUGGAGGAAAAAUUGGCCCUAGAGAUAGAGAGGCAAAAAUGCAAAAAGGCAAGUGCAUAUCGUUGCAGUAUUUUAAUAGCAAAGGACCGGAAACAACCCAAAUGUCAAUCAAGGGUGACUGGUUGAAUAAACAAUGGUAUGUCCUCAUAAUGGAGCAUUUUAUAGGAGAACAUUCUAUCUGGUUCUAUGGGAUAAUAUUCAAUACAUUGUUAAGGAAAAAAAGCAAGAUCAAGGAAAGUGUGAAAUGAAUUAGUAUGCUAUCAUUUAUCAUGUGUUUAUAUGUUUUUAAAUGGAAGGGUAAAAUGGAAAAAACUUGAUUAUCUAUGGUAGAAGGAGGACGUAGGGUGGAGGGGACUGGGUUAGUAUAUAGACUUCUCUGAUUACAGCUCAUUUUGUGAAUUUGACUUUGGAACCAUGUAAACAGUUUACACAAUUACUUUUAAAAAUUAAAAUAAAAAAGCAAUCUCUAAAAAUUUAAGCAAAACAAAGUGAAUAACCAUAACCCUGAUUCAAGCUUGGGGCAUAACCACAGAGAGAGGAACUAUUCCAAGUUAUUUGAUUGUAUGUCCCUAAUAGCAUAAACCCUAAGGACAAAAAGAACUGAGAAAGAAAAAUCUUAACUGUUUUCAGUAAUUUUUGGAUGAUAAUUUUGUUAUCAUUGCAUUGUUAUUCUGAGGAUUUAAAACAAUGUAUAAUUAUUUUGGUGAUUUUGAGAAGGAGGUCUUCAGAAUGAGAGAGAGAAGAGCAGAUGUAAGAUCAAUGAGGUUACAUGACAAACCCUGUACUCCUGAGCUGGGUUGGAAGUAUCAGUAUAAACUCAUGUAGUGUUUCUUCUUAAAACAAAAUGAAUAGUACUUAUUUCCUAGCUCUUUCCACUGAAACCAAGAAACAAUGACCAAACCACUACCAAUGAGCCCUCCUUACACUCAGAUUUUGAUCUCUAAUGACCAUUCCCCACUGAAAGGAACCAGGGAUCCCUGGGUAAAAAAAUCGAUAACUUCAGGGCUGGAGCAUGUACAAGAUGAGCUUGAAACGUCUUGUCAUACAAGAUAACUACAAAGCUCUUAUUAGAGACCACUAGGGUCAUGUCAAAAAGAAUCAGCCAACUUGAAGCAGUUCACAAGAGCCAAAGAGGACAAUCUGAGUGACAGGAAAGAUAAGAACUGCAAUGGAUUGAAACGUACAUAUCAAAUAUGUUUAAACCAUGAGUUCAUAAUGUAAUGUAAUGUUUCCAGUAAGAAAACAACUCUCCCUGGACAGCUUGGAAAGAUGCCAGGGAACCACCUUGGAAACUGACAAAGGGGAAGAAGUAAAAAAUGUAUCCAGUCUUUCCUGUACAAACCAAACCUCAGGGCAACCAAAUAACUGAUGAAAGGAAGUUUCUCCUUAUAAGGUAUGCCAGCUAAUAAACGAAGAAACAGUAGCACUAGAAUACUAUUUGCAACCCCUAAAGAAGUAGUGGGAUCUAUGGAAUAAUCAUCAAUAGUUGUUAACAUCAGAAAAGAGAGGCAACUAGAGAUGAAGUCCAGGACAGGUGGGUGGGCUAGCUGUGCAACAGCUCCCCCUGGAAGAACCUAUCACCACCAAUAAAGUAGUCUUGCGAAAAUAAACCUAACUGGAGUCUGAUUGAAUUUCUAGAUAUAACUACUGAUAUAUAAGAAAUAAAUAGGACACAGGACCAUGUUAAAAGACACUACAGACAAUGUAAAGCAAUUAUACUCCAAUAAAGAUGUUAAAAAAAAAAAAAGAA